AUGCCUACCCACGUCUUCAACACGGACCUCGACUCCUUCUCCGAGGAGCAGAUCGAGAAGCUCGGCGCCUCUCGCGCUGCCAUUCUCGAACCCGCCUUUGACGAAUAUCUCAUGUCCGACGACCUACAUGAGACACCUCUCCCUCCAUCCUCGAUACAACUCCUCCCCGCCUCAGAUCUCAGCGUAAAGCUCACACGCGCCGCCAAAAGCGAUGCAGCCAUGGAGAUCAACAUCAACAAAAUCUCUGACCCGGACGCGGACAACUUUAUGGGCUUCAGCACCGAGGAUAACUGUAUCGUUUUCAAGGGCGAGAUGGGGCUUUUUGAUUCCUUCCUCGAGUUUGCAGAGUCCAUUACCCAGGACAAGGACGUGACUGUCGUGUUCAAGACUGCCAACGAGAUUCGUAUACCUCGUCAGGGUCUUGAGUAUGGCUUGAGUUACGAGAAUUUUGCGGCGCGUGUUGAAUUGUUGGAAUGUGCCAUGAUGCAACUCAGAACUCGAUACCUCAUCAAAUACGAUUCAUCCCAGCACACCCCCUCAGAACCUACCAUUUGGAGGAGUCAUUCCUUCAAGCGCUGGGACGUCCGACUUGGACCAUCAACGCAGCAGAACCAUGGCGGAAUGCAGAAGUCCCUCCAGCGACUCAUCACUGUCUCCUCCCCCUGA